ACCUGUGAGCUUCCCCCGUGAGACUUUUCUCGACGAAAGGCGACAGCUCCACCACAGCAGAGUGCGACAAUGGCUCUCGCGAGCUUCUUCACCUGCUCUCACCCGCUCUCCUCCUCCCCCUCCCCCACCCUUCCUCUCCUCCGAUCUAGGGUUUCCACUCUAGGGUUUCUCCGAUCCUACCACGCUUAUCGGAUCGAGCUUGGCAAGUUCUCCACCUUCCUCCAUGGAUCUCUCCCAGCAAGCGGUGGCUUCAGCGGAGAUUUCCGCGGGAUCGGCUCCCAAUCUUCUAUUAAUUCUGUGGACACUCUGGGAUCUUCUUCAAUGGGGGCUGAACGAGAGACUGAUUCGGUUCCUAUGCCGAUAGUGCUGAUAGAUCAAGACUCAGAUUCUGAUGCAACGAUUGUGCAGCUUAGCUUUGGGGAUCGUCUGGGGGCACUUCUUGACACGAUGAAGGCGCUCAAAGACCUAGGCCUUGAUGUGACUAAGGGAACAGUGACAACUGAGGCAUCUGUUGUACAAACAAAGUUCUUCAUAAUGCGACGGGGACGAAAAGUUGAGAAUCCUGACAUGUUAGAAAAAAUUCGUCUUACAAUAAUCGGCAAUCUUCUGAAGUAUCAUCCAGAAUCCAGUGAGAAGCUGGCAAUGGGUGAGGUUUUCGGAAUAAAACCUCCAGAGAAGAAGCUUGAUGUUGACGUUGCAACACAAGUACUUCUUCAAGAUGAUGGACCAAAGAGAAGCUUGCUUUACAUUGAGACUGCUGAUCGACCUGGUCUACUUCUGGAAAUCAUCAAGAUCAUAACUGACAUAAAUAUUGAUGUUGAAUCAGCUGAGAUCGACACUGAAGGUCUGGUUGCUAAGGACAAAUUCCACGUAAGCUACAGAGGUGCAGCAAUCGACAGUUCCUUGUCUCAGGUGUUGACUAAUUGUCUGCGCUACUACCUUCGAAGACCCGAAACCGAGGAAGAUAGCUAUUAAUACCUUCACAUUCGUGGAGACUUACUAAAUUGUGGACCACAGCUGGUGUUGGUUCGCUUCUAUUGUACCCAUGAACUUCCUGUAAUUAUUUUAGGCAUGUUGACUGGAAUCGUUACUGCAUAAAACCUCAAACCAUUGGGCUAACUUAAAACUCUGUUGGGUGUGAACUUGGAAGCUUCAGCCCGGGGUUUUAUAGCCUUAUCUUCGACUGCUGCUGCUGAAUAAGAGAGAAGUUUAUCUUACAUCUCCUAAACAAUGGGCCUUAAUUUUA